UAUAAACUAUACCUGCACCGGAAUGAGGGGUCUCUAGCAUAAUAAAUUAUUAGUUCAACAGUUGACAAGAGACGAUGCUGCAGAUGAAUGAUUUAACAACUAAUUUUACUAUUUGGACGUAGAAGACCCGCAAUUUGACACCCAUUGAGCUUCUCUGAGAACAAAAUAAUGAGACGAUUCCGAAAAUACAGCUGUUAAUUCUUGAGGCGGACAUGAAGCAAGGCCAAACAUGAAAGCACAACGUAGUUAAGGAAAGUCGAUAUACUGGAGAAAUUGCGUUAACUACAAAAAAAAAAAUGGAUGCUAUAGAUAGACAAAGGAUUACACUAAAUCAUCAGUAUUUAUGCAAAAACAUUUCGGAUGUUGAUCGUGUUAUGGAUCAGCUUUUCCAAAACAAAAUCUUGACAAUGGAUGAACUUCAACGUGUUAGGUACAAACCUUGUACUUCAGAUCAAAUACAAAUACUCUUGAAGAUUUUGAUGAAACAUCCAAAGGGUUAUUGUGGACUGCAUCAAGCGCUGAUUGCAAAGCAAAUGGAUUUUAUCGCUCAGACGCUAGAUUCAACCUGCAUUAAUGAAGAAGAAUUAUUAAAAGAUAAUAUUAAGCUUGAUGAAUUGAUAAAGACAGUCCUUAGAGAGAAGUUUUGCGAAACAAAAGGAGAAGUCGUGUACCUUGGCAGUAUUGUAGAGGAGUUAAUGCGCACUUUUAGGGACGAUGGAGAAGAUUACUAUAUUCAUGAUGAUUACAUUAAAUGUAAAAUCAAGGACCUAUUCCCGAAAAGUGAGGAACACGACGAUGCAAAAAAGGGAUCACUGUUUAAAAACCUUCAACGAAUUUGUGUGUCUGCAGGAAAGAAAGGCCUUGAUUCAGAAGAAAAGACGAGAGAAGGAAUUUUGAAAACUAAAAGUUUCAUCAAUUCAACUGUACGAAAAGCACCAUAUAAGCCAUUAAUAGAACUAAGUGCUGCAUCUCGAUAUGCUGCACAUGAAGUUCCAACUGAAACGUCGAGAAUUUUACUUGACGGCAACAUAACAGGGAAAGAAUUUAAAGAAAUGGAAUUAGAGCAAAUAGAAAAUCUUUUUCCAAAUUAUACUAAUAACGAAAAAGAUUCAAUCUUAUUUUUAAAGAAUGAUGUUUUAGAAGAAGAAGAUAUGAAAAAAAACGAAAAAAUUGAGCUACGACAUAUUUCUGACGAUGAAAAAUCAGUUGAUCACUAUUUGGAAACUUUUCGUAAGUUUGAUAAAGAAACAUCAGCAGGGUAUCGUAAAGAUGCGAUCCUCCAGUCCUCAAUGAUCCGCCCAGGCAACCCACUUGAACCAGUUCAUUUGUUUUCCAGCAUCUGCAGUGGUGAAGAGGACAUGUAUUAUACAAUAAGCAUUGAAUGUGUUCAGUUUGCAGCUGCAUGUUUGAAUGAAAGAACAAACGGAACAAUUCAUUUCGGAUUGCAGUCGUAUAGUGAAGAGUUCUAUCUGGAAGGUGAAGUUAAAGGAAUUCCUCUUUCUCGUAGUGAAUGCAUUGAAAAUAUCAACAAUACCAUAUUUAAUCAGUUCUAUAGCGACCAACUUGAUUCAGUAUUUAAAUGCAUUCGCCCUCCACAGUUUGUUGACGUUAUUCCAUUUCACAAAACUAGAUUGUCAGUUUUAGAAAUUGAUAUUGUACCAGAAUCAACAUUAAUGGGCGACGAGGUCUUUUUUGUAAAAGUUAAAAAUGAAAAUGUCCCUAAGCUGUAUAGAUUUACACAUACAGGAAUCAGACCAUAUCAUAUCACUGAUGCAGACGUACGUGAUUACAUAUGCAAAAAGUUGCCGAUGAUUCAAAAACACAGGCAAGAAGAAGAAACAAAAAAUAAAACUUCAAGCUUUAGAGCUGAUCUAAGAAUCAAAAUUAAAGAUCUUUUACAUGCUGAAAAUGACAGGUUGAAGAAAUCUUAUGUCUAUCCGCUUGUCUUUUUGAGUCAUCUUGGUAGCGACAUAGAUUUGGAAAAUUUAGAAUUUCUGACUGACUUGGGUUUUUUUGCAUUUUUUGAUUUCAGUUAUUUGACAAAAAAGAGUAAUAUUCUUGAAUAUUUGAAAAACGACAAGAGCUGCACGCUAGAUGUUUGCAUGGUCGACCACUUUGAUAAAGAAAACACAGACACUUUACAGAAAUCUAUGCAAAUGAUCAACUGUGAGGAGGCGGGUUCCAGAAAAUGGAUUCAUUGUAACGGGGAAUCGGAAAUCAGCCCAGGCCCAAUGAACAAAAGAGAAUGGAAGCAGACAUAUAGCAUUGGAUUCAAGGAGGCAGUACGAUUUUACAGACAACUCAUACCCAAAGGACGCGCUCUGGUUAUCUUCUUACUCUUUUCAAAAGAAUAUGAAAUUCUUUUAGAAGCUGCAGAAGAUGUUAUUACAAGCUUUACUGAUCAGUGGAUGGUCAUUGCUGAAACAGACGAAGUGACAGAACAAUGGUUUUCUGAGCUCCUGAGACGAGACACUGUAGACAAAAAGGAAAUAAAAGAGAGGUCUGUGACUGGUAUGUCAUGGAGACAUGUCAACGUUACCAUUCUUGAACUUUCAACUGGACCCAGUUCAUUUAAAUGUGUAAUACCUUUAUCAAAUGGAGGGUUAUGCUCACUUUCCGAAGAAAAGCGACAUGCAUUUAGAGAUAUUGAUAUUUUGAGUAUAAAUGAAUGUGAAGAUCAUGAAAUGUCAGCAAACCAAGACAAGUUAAAUGAAAUCGAACGUCAACAUGCAGACUCUUUUUAUCGUGGACGAGGUAUUAGUUGGUGGAAUUUCUGGUUUGAAGAUCACGUUUUAAAGCGUAAUAUACAUAGGGAACUUGAUAAAAAGCUACAGGAAGCUCUCUCCCGUAAAGAGCGAACAGUGGAUAAUAUAAUAGAAGUGAUAAAAAUCUACCAUCAACCUGGUGUCGGUGGUUCAACAACUGCGAUGAAAUGUUUGUGGGAAAGAAAAGAAAUACACAAAUGUUGCAUUGUUAAAGAAUUCACAGAACGAACAAUAGACAACAUUCUAAACUUGAGAGAUUUUGAAGAAGAAACGGACGACCCGAAGCCCCCAAUAGUACUGAUUGAUGAUUUUGAUGAUGACAAGCUCGAAAGUUUACUUUCUUCUUUCCGCAGCAAAACAUCAUUUGAAAGGGACCAAAGUGGUGAUCGAUAUGCUUUCUGUGUUUUACUUUUGUGUAUUAGAAAGGCAAUCAUUCCAUUGUCACCAAAUCCUACGAGGUAUGCUUCUGUUAACCUCCGACACUGGCUGUACCCAAAUGAGCUGAUUUGGUUUCAAAAAAAGGCUAAAUACCUAGAAGGACAGUUUCAAAAUAAAGACUGGCCAGAACCUAAAGUGCUCAUCUCCUUCAAUAUCUUGAAAGAAAAUUUUAAUCCAGAUUAUAUACGAAGAAUGGCUGUAGACUUCGUAAAUGCUGUCAACAAUGAGAAAGAAAAAAAUCUUCUCAUGUUUGUAUCCAUGUUAAACACAUAUGACCCUAACUAUAAAGCACUACCAGCCAGUGCAUUUGAUCCGAUUAUGAUGUCACAUGCAAAAGGAAAAAAAGUUAUCUUGCAGGCUGGAAUAGUUGACAGAAAUUCAAGCAAAAAGACAACAUGGGAUAAUAAUAUUACCGAACCAUUACAGAUACUUUUAAAUAAUAAAACUGAAACAAAAGCUGGAAAGGGCAAACAGUUGACUGGUAUUUCAGUUAUUAAUUCUCUGUUUGCAAAACAGAUUUUCUCCUGUUUUCAAGAAAACCAAAGUACCAGUGCUAUCUUUCUUGAAUUUCUAAAUUCAGAUAUAUUCAAGACCCGAAAUAUGGCAAUUCAAGAAGUACUGCUUGUUGUUGAAAGAAUCCUGACAAAACGACUUCCAAACGAAUAUUCGCAGAAAGAUAAAUAUGCGUAUGUGGUAAUGAAGAUUUUGAAAGAGGAAGACGUAAAAAAUGCAGCAGAUGUACUCACCUGUGCAUUGCAAGUGACACAAAGUGCAAGAGUAUGUCAGGAAAUAGCCAGAUUACAUAUCAAUUCACGAAAAUUGAAGUUAGCAGCAACCUAUGCCAAGCAGGCAACGGAUAUAAAUCCGAAUGAUUCAAAUAUAUGGGAUACAUAUGCACAAGUUUACAAAAUACAGUUGACAGAAAUAUCAGAAAAAACGACGCCCGUCGAUAAAAGUAAUAUUGAAGAGGUUAUCGAAAUGGCUAAAGAAGGAAUGAAAUUAUUCGCAAAAGAACAAAUUUUAAAUCGGAAAAGAACUAGUGGAGAUUUUGGAAAGCUUAGAAUCAUCAAUCUACUUCUCCAGAUUCUUUCCCGUUUUGAGUUAUUUGCAGACAUGCAUGUUUUCCACAAGUAUCUGACAGAGAAAAAAUACGUUCCCAAUGAAUUGAUAUUCCUAGAUGUUGAGUCUGAAACGUUUUUGAAAAGAUUGAAAAGAGAAUAUAAUGCCACGGUUCAGUCUAUCAAGGAAAAGUUACAGUAUCCUAAACAAGAGACCAAAUUAAAUUCGUUUAUGCUAAAACAGCUGGAGGAAAUAGAUAUGACUACUGGAAGAUUUUUUAGUACAGAAUGCUACCAAGAGCCAAACUGGUAUCCUGAACAACCAGAUCAUACUGGUUUAGUGCAGAUUGAAGAUACAAUAGUAGAAGAUGUUGAUAUGGAUAUGGAUUAUUAGACAGUUUUUUAGUGGAGGAAAUUUUAUGAUAUGAUACAUCAAGGACACAAAGUUCCAGAUGACGAAAAUUAACGAAGAAGUAAAUAUAUCAGAAAAACAAUAACAAUCUUUGCUAAAACAAAAUUAAUGCGGAUGAGUAUCUUGUUACCAGAUCAUAAUUACUGAAUGAAUUGAAAGUAUAUAUUUUGUUAUUGCAUGCAUAAUUUCACUUUGUAUAGUAAUUUCAUAAUUAUCAUAGAAUUCACGAUAGGUUAUGUUAGUUGCAAACAGCACUGUAAGACGAACGUUGCCAUGAGACUACAUGUGUAUAGUAGGCCUGAGUCUCGUUGGCAAUCAUAUCACAUCUUUUUAUUUUUAUACUGGUUUAAUAUACUUUGUCUGUAAUUCCUGAAUCAAUUGAUUUGAUGUAUUAUUAAGUGAUAUUAUAUAGAAGAUGCUAUAUAGGAGACUUUCAAACUUUGUUGUGGUUGAGUGAUUUUUUCGGAAGUUAUGUCCCUUGUAAAUAGAACAUGGGACACAUAUUUUAAAUUAUCAGUUUUUCAUUUUCUGCAAUACCUAAUAGUCACAUAUUUUUAGAAGUUACAGUUUGAGUUUUGAGUUUCGUUCGAGGUGAGCUCUUUUGUCAAUGCUCUUCAACUUCGUACUUGGUUUAGCCUUUUAAACUUUUUUGAUUCGAGCGUCACUGAUGAGAAUCUUUUUAGACGAAACGCUCGCCUGGCGUACAUAAUUUCAAUCCUGGUAUCUAUGAUGAUUUUAUUGUGGAAGUGUUUGCCCGAUGUCAUAGAUUUGAAAUCCGAGUCAAUAAAGAUCUGCGUCAAACACACUUGCCAUGUGCGGGAUGACAACACAAGUGUUGACAGGCUUGUGAUACUGUAGAUAAAAUACUUAGACCGAGCCUCCUUAUUUGUUCGAUUUUUGUCAAUUUUAAUGAAAAAGACUGCAAGCGCGGAUCCAGCCAUUUUUUAAAAGUGGGUUCCAACACAUGCAAGUCAUAUAAAAAUGGGGGUUCCAACCAUAUGUCCCCAUACAAAAGAAUUAGUUGUCAAGCAAAAAAAAAGGGGGGGGGGGGGGGUCCAACCAUAUGUCCCCAUACAAAAGCAUUAAUUGUCAAACAAAAAAGGGGGGUCCAACCACCGCCCCUCCUGGAUCCGCCACUGCGCUGUCUGAAGUAAUUCUAGCAAGUUUAUACAAUGCGCUUUAGUCUACCUUAAUAAAAUUCCAGAAUAGUCGUUUUUAAUCCAUUUUCUCCACUUUCAGCAAAAAUCGUUAAUUAAUACAAUCCUUUUGUGAGAUCACAUUUUUAUUGUUUUAAUCCGCAUGUCUAUCAAUUUUGAAAUUCUAUUUUAUAUUUGUUUAUUUUUGAAAUCGUGUUGAUUGUUGUAAUGUAUUGAUUUAAAUAAAAUAAAUGUAAAAUGUUAUA